CCUUGAUCUCCUCCUCAACUUCACUACUCUCUCACACUCUCGCGCCGGAGAAGGAACAACAAUCGCCGCCGCUUCUCAUUUCGCACCCCUGGCCUGAAUGGAUUCACCUCAUCGACUUCCUCCUCAAGAGAGGCUACUUUGUUGCCAAUCACGAACUCAGUUUUGGUCCAAAAGAAUUAUCCAAUGCUAUUAGGACCGCAUGCCUCAAUUUCGGUAGAGACCACUUUGAUCUUUUGAGGUAAAAAGAAGGAAGAGAAAACGAAUUUGGAUUUUGGGUUAUGCACGCAAGGUGUUUGUGUUUAUGACUCAGAUAGUUUCACAAGAAAAUUGUUGUGCACGCAAGGUGUUUGUUCUUUGGACUGUGAUAUUUUCACAUGAAAAUGAGUAGCACAUUUCAGAGGAUUUGUUUUCACUUUAAAUUCAAUCAAGGAGCCUUUAUUCUAGCGCGACUAGGUGUAACAAAUGAACUUGAGUUCUUGCCUAGAAAAGAUAUAGCAAAUACUGUAGCAUUCGGAUGUCCUAGCUUAGAUAGGAAAGUGAUAAACUCAGCGAAGCGUCUGAGGGCACAUUUGAACUUUGAUGAGGGAAAUGUUUGCAGCUCCUGUAAUUUGAGAGGGGAUUGCGACAGGGCAUUCGUGAAGGCCCGUGAAGAUCAAGGUGGAAGAACAGUAGAUGUUAUGCGCAUUAUUUUGACUUAUGGUCUUGACCCAAUUAUUGGUUCGGUGGAUAACAAAACAUGUCUAAAAAAGAAUGUCAAAGAAUCUGUGAGAAGUCUUCUCAAAGAAAUAGUAGAGCACAGUACUAGCAGCAAAAAUCCUUAUCUUCCAGACACCACGGAGGCUGUUCCUGAACAACUGCACCCAGAUUGGCAAGACAAGGGCAACAUAGAUGUUCUUAUGAAGCAAGGCGACUGGGUUUGUCCCAAAUGCAACUUCCUCAACUUCGCCAGAAAUAUCAGGUGCUUGCGCUGCGACAGUCUAUGUGAGCAAAAAAUUAAGCAAUUUAAGGAGGAUAACAACCACCUACCGUUGAAGAAAGGAGACUGGAUAUGCAACACAUGCAACUUCCUAAAUUUCGCAAAGAACACAAGAUGUUUUCAAUGCAAAGAAAAGCCUCCCAAGCGGCACCUGAAUCCAGGGGAGUGGGAAUGCGACUCGUGUAACUACAUCAAUUUCAGAAGAAACAUGGUUUGUCUCAAAUGUGAUCACAGACGGCCUAAGGCGUCUUCUCUUCAACCCGAACAAGAACAUAACCAUCAUAAGAAUAACAAAUUGACACGUUCAGGACAUCAGGUUGGUUGCCGUGACAAAUCGCUGAUGGAGUCAGAAAGACAGAACAGCAAGAGAGGUUCACUUACUUGGAGAUUCGUAGAGGAUAAAAAUGAAAAUCACAAGCGCUUAAGUAAAUUGAAGGAUCCCUCCCAAUUUAUUGAUUUUCCUAUUGCUGGAGGUAAGACCAGCUUAUCUGAGCCACAAAGAAGAGAAGCAUAUAAGAAUGAGUUGCUGAGUCAGAGUGAAACAGAUGAUGACUUAUGGUCUGAUGAUAAUGCGAGUACUGAUGAGGAAGAGAUGUCUGAAUGGUUUGGGAGUGCAAAGAAAGUAAGGUAGGAUUCUGGAAGUGAUUAUAAGUUUGAAUAUGAAGCAAGAGUAUAAGACAUUAUUCCAUAUCUGCAAAGAAUGGAGAGAAUUAGUUAAAUUUGCUAGAUUGGACAUAUUUAUUAAUUUAAAGGCCAAAAAACUUUGUUAUGGGAUAAAAAGUUACAACAUUGCCUUGGAACAAACUUGAAACUUUAAGUUUAUAUUACAUGGUUAGAAAAUGAUGAAGGGAAUUCAAUUUUUGUUAAAUGAAUACCAAAACCAAACUGUAGUACUUCUUUAUGUAUCAAU